AUGGACGUGCUCGAUCAGCAGUACCAGAUGAUCAUGCAUUUCAAGGGCCUGGAUGACCGCUUUCAGCCGUUUGCGAGAGAGGCUCUGUUCCAGGAGAAGACCAUUGAAACCCUCGACGACGAAUCGCAGAGGAAUACUGCAACCAGCUCGGAUAGCGCGGUGGCUAGGUUUCCGGAAAGCAGCGAUCUGCUCAGAAUGGCAUUAGACUUCACGGAAAAGACCAGAAAAUUCCCCAAACGACUUCGCUGGGUCGUCUCGGACCGCGCAAAAAUGGAGAACCUCCUUUCACGUCUCGCUGGAAUGAAUGACUUUCUUCGGGACAUGCUUGACAGUUACAGGGGAGAAAUGUUGCGGACCCAGCAAAUACGGACAAAUUACGACAUCAUCCAGUUAAACACCAAGAUGGACCAGCUCAUCGAAAUCAUUAAAGCUGGCUCGAGCCCUGCCGUUAAUACCACUCUAAGCCCAAGGGCCUCUCUAGGUCUCGGCGUUUCGGUUGCCGAGAACGAGGUCAAGAGGCUUGAACCAAGCCCAAAUAGCGACUCCAUGCACCACCUUGUUAAGCUGGCCCAGUUCAAGGCCGUCGCAUGCGCGGUUCAGGGACACAAUCUCGACGGCUCCGUGAGAAGCAAGAUCGGAAUUGCAGGCUUGACAGCUGCCUCCCAAAACAAGAUCACGGUUGAGACCGGCGCUCUUGACCUCGAUGUGCCAGAGACCAUGCUAUCAGCCCAAGAAACAGUCGCAAGACGUGUUACCGGAUGGUACAACCCACUGAUCUCCAACCAAGCGCGACGCAGGAUCUGGGUCGAGUGGAUUGUGGCAUCGCGAGAUCCACGGACUUCUGCCAACGGGCCUGAGCCGCGUAUGCUCAGGCGCUUUGAAGCCCUCGUCUCGCUCCUCCGCGAGAACGAAGUCACAGCCCAGUUCCGAGCCCCCAAAUGCCUCGGCUACUACCAACAGCGCGCGACCGUAUCGAAAAUACGUUACGGCCUCGUUUUCGAGAUCCCAUCCAAUGUGCACUCCGACUCAAGUCCAGUGUCCCUACGCGACCUCAUUGCCGACAAGGACCGUCCCACGCCCAGUCUGACAUCACGAGUGCGCCUCAUGCGGACGUUGGUGGAGUGUGUCGAGAAGCUCCACGCCGUCGACUGGCUGCACAAGGGGCUGCGGAGCGACAACAUCAUUUUCUUCCAUGGCGGACUCGCCGGUGGCGACAGCAACAAAGGCGUGGACCUCAGUGAGCCAUACCUCACCGGCUUCGACUACUCGAGGCCAGCCGGAUCAUCUUCCAUGUCAGAAGGUCCUGGGAUCUCACUCGCCGACGAUCUGUACCGCCACCCCAACGUGCAGGGCUUCAAUGCCGAGGGAGCUGCUGGCCGGGGCUUUCGGAAGCGUCAUGACGUCUAUAGCCUCGGUCUGGUAUUGACAGAGGUAGCGUACUGGAAGCCUUUGGAGUCCAUACUUGGUUUCGGUAGCCUCCAGGACCUGAAGGCCAAGGACGUCCUGAAAGCACGAGAGGUGCUCUCAAGUCAGAGCCACACGGAGAGCUUGCAGAGCAGGGUCGGAGAUGCCAUAGCCCGGGCCUCUCGGGCAUGCCUGGAAGGCUUGAACACAUCUGGGCAGCGACACAAGGACGGUGAUGACACGGUCGGCGCAGAGCACCUUCAGGUGAGGUUUUACGAAGCUGUGGUGCGGCCUCUCUCUGCUCUCGUAAUCUAA